AUGCACCUGAGAAAUGGGAAUAACCGCUGUGCUGGAAGAGUGGAGAUUCUUUACCAGGGCACCUGGGGUACCGUUUGUGAUGACAAAGGGAAUGUAGCACAUGUGGUAUGCAGACAGCUUGGCUGUGGACAGGCCUUUUAUUAUACAAAAGGGUCUUUUCCUUUUGGAUUUGGAUCAGGGCCCAUUUGGCUGGGUGGCCUGAAUUGCACAGGAAAUGAGUCCCAUGUAUGGAAGUGCCCUUCCUGGGGAUGGGGCCCACAUAACUGCAGCCACGAGCAGGAUGCUGGAGUCAUCUGUGCAGGAUUUCUGAGACUAGCUGGACAAGAUGUAUCCUGCUCAGGGCGAGUGGAAGUGAGCCCUGGAGGAAGGUGGACUCCAGUGGCUGAUAUGAACUUUACGCUGUCCACUGCCCAAGUCAUCUGUGCAGAGCUGGGUUGUGGCAAGGCUGUGUCUGUCCAAAGGAACAGGUUAAGAAGUGCCAGUGAGCAGGUCUGGGAUGAAGUGUUCCAGUGUGUGGGGCAUGAGUCUGAGCUCUGGUUCUGCCCCAGAGUGCCUUGUGCUGGAGGGAGCUGCCAGCAUGCUGGGGCUGUGGAGGUUGUCUGUUCAGAGAGUGCACAGCUCCGCCUGACAAGUGGAGGCAGCCGUUGUGCUGGCAGAGUAGAGGUCCUUCACCAGAACUCCUGGGGAACCAUCUGUGAUCUUGAGUGGGACAUAACUGAGGCCAAAAUAGUAUGCAAGCAGCUGGGCUGUGGAUCAGCUCUACACGCUGUAUUCUCUGCUCACUUUGGGGCUGGAUCUGGACCCAUCUGGCUGCAAAGUCUGAUAUGCAAAGGACAAGAGUCCCAUGUGUGGAAUUGCCCUUCCUUGGGCUGGAACAACACCUACUGCAGUCACCAGUCAGAUGCUGGAGUCAUCUGCACAGGAUUUGUGCGCCUGGCUGGAGGAGGAGGACCCUGCUCAGGCCGAGUGGAAGUGAAUCCUGGAGGAGACUGGAUUCCAGUGUUUGAUAGGAACUUCACAUUUGUCACUGCCCAAGUCAUCUGUGCAGAACUGGAGUGUGGCAAAGCUGUGUCUGUCAUGAGGGAUGUGCCUUUUAGAGAGGUCAUUCCGCAGGUGUGGGGUGAAAAGUUCCAGUGUGAGGGGCAAGAGCCUGAGCUCUGGCUCUGCCCCAGAGCACCUUGUCCUGGAGGAAGCUGCCAACAUGGUGGAGCUGUUGAAAUUGUUUGUUCAGAAUUCACUGAAGUCCGGCUCAUGAAAAACAGCACCUCUCAGUGUGAGGGCCAGGUGGAGCUGAACACCUCUGUGGGCUGGAGAAUGCUCUGUGCCUCUCACUGGAGUAUGGCCAAUGCAGAUGUUGUGUGCCGCCAGCUGGGCUGUGGAGUUGCCAUCUCCACCCCAAAAGGAGGAGCAUACUUUGUGGAAGGAGGUGGUGAGCUCAGGAGAGACACCUUCCACUGUUCAGGGACUGAGUCCUUCUUGUGGAAUUGCCCUGUGAUGGCCCUCGGUGUUCCUCCCUGUGCUCAUGGGAACACGGCCUCAGUGGUCUGCUCAGGAAACCAGACCCAGCUGCUACCCCAGGGCAAUGACUCUCUCUCUGACCCAGAAGGCUCUGCUGCCUCAAAUAACCUGAUUACAAACUCCAAAGACAGCAGACAGCUACGCCUUAUGGAUGGGGGCAGUCGCUGCGCAGGGAGAGUGGAGAUCCUGCACCAGGGAUCCUGGGGCACCAUCUGUGAUGACAGCUGGGACCUGAGCGAUGCCCACGUGGUGUGCAGACAGCUGGGCUGCGGAGUGGCCCUCAAUGCCACGGUGUCUGCUCAUUUUGGGCAGGGAUCAGGGGACAUCUGGCUGGAUGAGCUGAAAUGCACAGGAAAGGAGUCCCACGUGUGGAAGUGCCCUUCCCAGGGCUGGGGACAGCACAACUGCAGGCACAAGGAGGAUGCAGGGGUCAUCUGCUCAGAGUUCCUGGCCCUCAGAGUGGUGAGCGAGGACCAGGAGUGUGCUGGUUGGCUGGAGGUUUUCUACAAUGGGACCUGGGGAAGUGUUUGCCGCAGCCCCAUGGAAGACAUGACCUUGUCAGUGAUCUGUAGACAUCUUGGUUGUGGGGACAGCGGGACCCUCAACCCUUCUGUUUCUACCAGAGAAGGCUCUAGACCCCAUUGGGUGGAUGGAAUCCAGUGUCAGAAAACUGAUGUUUCUCUCUGGCAGUGUCCUUCUGACCCUUGGAACUCCAGGUCUUGCCUUCCAAAGGACGAGGCUCAUAUCACAUGUGCAGGGCAAAGACCCAAGAGCUGUCCGGACUCUGGCCCCUGCACAGAGAGAGAGAAAUUGAGGCUCAUGGGUGGUGACAGCAAAUGCUCAGGGAGAGUGGAAGUGUGGUACAAAGGCUCCUGGGGAACAGUGUGUGAUGACUCCUGGGGCCUGGCAGAGGCCGAGGUGGUGUGUCAGCAGCUGGGCUGUGGCCCUGCCCUGGAUGCCCUGGGAGAAGCUGCAUUUGGCCCUGGAAAUGGAAGCAUCUGGCUGGAUGAUGUGGCGUGCAGGGGUAGGGAGUCUUCCCUGUGGGCCUGUUCCAGUGCCCCCUGGGGACAGAGUAACUGCAAGCAUGAGGAGGAUGCAGGUGUGAGGUGCUCAGGUGAAAAAAAGACUACUCUUUCAACACCUAAACGCAUCAGUUCAGGUUCAUCCUCUGUACCUGGUUACUUCUCCUUAUAUGAGAUUAUCUGCAUCAUACUGGGAAUACUUCUUUUUCUGAUCCUCAUUAUCUUGGGAACUCAGCUGGGAAGAUGGAGAGCAGAACAUCAAGAAGCUGUUGAUGAGGCCUUGUACCAAGAGAUAGAGUACCUUGUGAAAGCAGAGAAGACAGAUCUGCUGGACAAUGCAGAACCUCCAGGGCACCACGUUGAUCCCACAGGCAGUGGUUAUGAUGAUGUUGAAGAGAUACUUUUUCCUCAAAUUCUUUCUUUCCUUGGGAGGAAUGAGAGGAAUUUCAUUCCAGAAGGAAGAGAUGGUGCCAGGCAACUCUCUUCAGACUCCCAAGAAGCUACCCUGUCUUUCAUGGAAGAGACAGUGUCUCCAGUGGCCUUGAGAGAAGAAGAAACUGGCUAUGAUGAUAUUGAGCUGGGUGCCAUAUAGUGCCUUUUUUGGAGCAACCACAUAUGCAAUUAUCUCAUCUUUGAUUUAUUCCUCAAAUAGAUGAGAAAAGUUUCUUCUUAGUGAUUGCAAAAUUUGAAUGCAUAUCUGUUGUGAACAAUGUUAUUCAGAGUGAAUAUUCAACCUUUCACUGACCAGUGUUAUUCUUUGUAAGAAUGAGGAAUACUGACCUCCACUGACUUUGGAAAAUGCGGUCCUUGUACACAGUAUUUUGAAUGAGAGAAAUCCCAAUUGGUAGGUUCAUGUUAUCUUCUCCAAAAGAUCACACUCUUGCCUCCUGUUAGGUGCAAAGUUUUUUACUUGGAUAGCAUAAAAAUAUGAAAAGUCAUGCUGA